UGUCAAGAAAGAAGACAGUUUUUAACUUUUGAACUUUAAAAUUAGUUUUGUUAUUCGUAUAGUUUUUUUAUAUAAUUAUGCUGUAAUACAUUGAAUAUGGCUAAAAUAGCGGAAAUAAGAUUAUUAUUCGAAACGAAAAUUAAAGAUGGCAUCCCCGAUCCGCCUGGCCCUUUCGAUCCGCGAGACUUGGAAAGAGUUAAAAGUGAUAAAUAUUUAUAUCGCGUGCUAGAACAUUCCCAGAAUAACGUUCAGCAAGCUGUCCAAAUGCUAUACGACAUAAUGGCAUGGAGAAAAACAAAUAAAGUCAACGAUAUAAACGAAGAUACGGUGAAUAUAGACUACUUAAAAGAAGGGAUAUUUUUCACUCACGGUAGAGACAUAGACAGCUGUUUAUUGUUCAUUUUAAAGUCUAAGCUUUACAUAAAAGGCACUAAAAAUAUAGAGGAAGUGAAGAGAGUUGUUAUUUAUUGGCUGGAACGCAUUGAAAGAGAGGAAGACGGUAAAAAGAUAACUUUAUUCUUCGAUAUGGACGGCUGUGGUCUUAACAACAUGGAUAUUGAAGUUAUAAUGUACAUGAUAACUUUAUUAAAAAACUAUUACCCUUAUCUCAUCAACUAUAUCAUAGUUUUUCAAUUACCGUGGAUACUGUCAGCGGGUUUUAAGAUUAUUAAGGGUAUACUUCCCACAGCAGCCGUAGAACGGCUUAGAAUGGUUAAUAAAGACAAAUUGAAGGAAUUAGUCGCUCCAGAGCAAGCUUUAAUUAGUUGGGGCGGGAGAAAUGAUUAUAUUUUUAAAUUCAUUCCAGAGAACAGAGUUAAUGUUGAUAAAACUAUGAAAAGUGUUACAUUUGCUGAAGAUGAUAGUCAACAUUCACCUGGAGAAAUGUUAAGCUUGAAUCCUGGUAAAUUAUUAAUGUUUAAAUUUGAAAACGAUAGGAUAGUUGCUCAAUUGACCAUUAUGAAUAUGGACGAGAGUUGUAUAUCGUUUAAAAUAAGAACUACGGCUCCCGAAAAAUAUACUGUUCGUCCGAGUUCCGGUGUACUGGCAAGUAAGACUUCACAGACUAUACAAAUUAUUGUGAGCUCAGGUUUCCAUAUAACAUCUGUGGUGAAAGAUAGAUUCUUAGUUGUAUCUAUGCAAGUUCCGAGUUCAAAUAUAUCUCCGAAAGAAUUAAAUAAGAUUUGGAAAAAUGCUAGCAGCAAGGCUGAUGAAUAUAGACUUAAGUGUUCCUGCAUAGAUAUUGCAGAUAAUAAAAAAAUUGAACCGAGUCAAGAUCCUGAAUCAAUUGUUUUUAAGUUAAAUAACUUGCAAAACAAUCACAAUAUGCUUGUAAAAAGUUUGGAUAUGCUUCGGAUGUAUCAACUGAUCUCUCUGUUUCUUAUUUUUCUCAGCAUUGUUUUAGGUUAUUUUUCAUUUAAAAAUAUAAAGCAAUGUCAGUAUUGAUGCAUAACGGCUCAAAUUAUAUAUUUGUUAAGUAUUUUCAUCACAAUUUUAUGAAAUAUUUAAUUAUAUACAAAUUUAUGUUUUAUUAAAAAUAAGUGUUUGCUAAGUGGUCAGAAUACAACCAUAAUUGUUAUUAAAUAUUUACACAACAUAUUUAAAUUUGUAUAUUUUUAACUUUUUUUUUUUUUAAACUAAAGCUCAUUGAUAGCUUACAAACAAAAAAAAAACAACAAAACAAAAGAUACUGAACUGAAUAUACAACAAUCUUUGCCUAUUCGUAAGUAUAUACA